AAUCUCUAUUUAUAUUUAUUCAUCUCCCUGUUUUCCCUUAACUUUCCAAUGGCCGACAGUUCUAGUACCACCGCCACCAGUAGCACCGCCGCUUCUACGACGGCAAACCCACCGGCAACCAAUUCGGUAAACCCACCUGUAACCAAAAGCUGGGCAGACCAAGCCGACGAGAUCGAUGAGCAGUCUUCCGCCGCCAAUGAAGACGACGUUACUGCCGAGAUGAAUGUCGGAUCUCUACAAGUCGAUGAGUCCAAAAGAGUCAACUCCACUCUCUCUGAGCCGGAAGAUUCCAGCAUACAAGCCGUUGUAUCUGGCGAUACUAUGUACAAAUCAGCGAAGAGAUUUGAGGAUUUGAACUUAUCUCCUGAGCUAUUGAAGGGAUUAUAUGUAGAGAUGAAGUUUGAGCGUCCUAGCAAAAUCCAGGAAAUUAGUUUGCCUAUGAUUCUUACGCCGCCGUACAAGAAUCUAAUUGCUCAAGCACAUAAUGGUUCUGGUAAAACUACUUGCUUUGUGCUUGGGAUGUUGAGUCGGAUUGAUCCAAAGCUUGCUGCCCCUCAAGCUCUCUGUAUCUGUCCAACCAGAGAAUUGGCUAUUCAGAAUAUGGAAGUGCUAUUGAAGAUGGGGAAGUUCACUGGCAUAACAUCAGAGUUAGGUAUCCCAGCAGAUUCUGCCAACUAUAUUCCAAUUUCAAAACGGCCACCUGUUACAGCACAAGUAGUGAUUGGCACACCUGGGACUAUAAACAAGUGGGUGACGGCAAGGAAACUGGGCAUGAGUUGCAUGAAAAUUCUUGUAUUUGAUGAAGCGGACCACAUGUUGGCAGAGAGUGGUUUUCAGGAUGAUUCCAUAAGAAUAAUGAAGGCAAUCGUUAAAGCCAGCACUGAGUGCCAGGUGCUUCUUUUUUCUGCAACGUUUGGGGAAAAUGUCAAAGCAUUUGUGCAAAAAAUUGUUCAAGAUCUUUUCGUGCAAGAUUACAACCAAAUGUUUGUAAAGAAGGAAGAACUUUCACUGGAUUCAGUAAAACAGUAUAAAGUGCUGUGUCCAGAUGAACUUUCAAAAAUCAUGGUGAUUAAAGACAAAAUACUCGAACUAGGACAGAAGGUGGGGCAAACAAUUAUAUUCGUUCGUACCAGAAACAGUGCAAGUAUGUUGCAUAAAUCAUUGGUUAACUAUGGCUAUGAAGUGACAACAAUUCAAGGUGCUCUUAAGCAAGAAGACAGAGACAAAAUAAUCAAGGAGUUCAAAGAUGGAUUGACACAAGUUCUUAUAUCAACUGAUCUUCUUGCUCGUGGAUUUGACCAAUCACAGGUUAAUUUGGUGGUUAAUUAUGACCUCCCUGUGAGACAUGAGAGUCCAACAGAGCCAGAUCAUGAGGUAUAUUUGCAUCGGAUUGGUAGAGCAGGACGAUUUGGGCGCAAAGGUGCGAUAUUCAACUUGCUGUGCAGUGACCGAGACAACAUGCUAAUGUCAAAGAUUGAGAACCAUUUCAACCAUCAAGUGGCUGAGAUUCCCUCAUGGAAGAGCGAGGAGGAUUUUGAGAAUGCUCUGAAGAAAGCUGGGUUGCUGUAAGCUGAGUAGAUCCGCUGCCCGUUGUUGGUUAGCAGAACGCAGGAGGUGGAGUUUCCUGAUUAGCCCCACUUUUCGAGAAUUCCUUUUUUGACAGUUUGACAGCCAUCUACAUACCACUGAAGCGGCAUCAGCAUUAGACUAAAAAUUGAUGGCUUGUUUUAAGUGAUCUUGUUAGUGUGUGCAGUGCUCCUAAAAGCCAGAUGUUGAUAUUAUUUUUCUUUGUUGAUUGCUCUCGGCUUCACGUACCAUCUUUAAUGUUACAUACAGCAGUGAAUGUGAACACAUUGCUUUAGUUUGAGGGGUA